GGCUGGGCGACUAGCUCAAAUGAAUAACAAACAAAACAAAACCCCAUCCCAUUUGGGGGACAUGUUACAUGAUAAGUUGAGAUUAUCUCUCAAAACAGCACACAAAAGAGUACAAAUUGACCAAAGAUAAGUCUCCGUGGGUGUGCCCAGUGUUACUCCAAGUCAUUCCAUCUGUUAAUUAGUCAAUCCAGCAGUUCACUCAAUAUUUCGUAUUUCCUGGUUCGUUGGCAAAGUUCAAGUUCAAAUAGGAGGAAGACGGCUGACCUUUUUUCCGACUGGCAUAAAAAAAAUGCAGUUUCACCGUCCAAAGUCAGAGUUGAAGCCAAUCUGGUGGGAGUGAUUCGUCUCGUCAACGCGUGAAAAUUUUUGUGAAAGGAUUGGAAACUUUUUUAAAAAUUGACCAGUGUGAAUAUACGUAUUUCAAUUUCUAGGAACAAAUUAAUCGUGAACAUAAGUAAUUAUUAAGAAGUGAAAAAAUGGGAGAAACGUUUCAUGGAAAUCCGCUCAUCGAUGAGCGCAACGAAUUUCUGGAGAAGACUCGGCAAGCCAAGGAAAAGAAGAAAUCGGAUCAAAAGAAGCAGGAAUCGGCUCUAGUAAUUCAACGCUUUAUGCGGAUGUACGUCGCCAAGAGUGUGAUCAGAAAGAAAGCAUUGAGACAGUUUGAAACUUUGAUGGCCAGUUUCAGCCCGGAUGAUGGAAUGUAUGUGAAAAGUAGAGAUGUUUUCUACGCAAGUAACCUCGUGAUGAAAACUUGGAAGAGUCGGUUGUCCCCAAGUGUUGUUGAAAAGCUGUGCAGAUACGUUGUUUGGAGCAUGCGUCAGCCGAAUGUAGUGUAUAGUUAUAUUGGAUGUGGAAUGAACAAGGCGACAGCCGUUCGGUGGAUCAAUCACCUGAAAGACCUCUCCGCAUAUUGUUUGAACUUGGUCGCCAAGCUGAAACCGGAACUGAUUUCAGAUUCCAAACUGUUAUCCCUCUUUUUAACCACGUUGGUCAGUCUGACAUCGUUGCACAAAUGGAAGCUUCUUGACAAUGCGGUUCCGUAUGGUCAACUCAUCCCAGGAAUUCGCAAACUCAAUUCAACUAUCUUUGCUCACAUGUUGGCCGAUGACCUUUUUUUCGAUUCAAUGCACAGCAUAUUGGUGGCUGCUCUUGCACGACCUACUAGGUUUUUUCUUGGACGAACAAAUUUAUUAGCCAUUGCUAAACUGACAAUCGAUUCCACCAAGGGAGAAGGUUACACAAACCGUAGAUCAGUAAUCCAGUACGUGACCAAAAUUUUAACUGUACCUGCAUAUAUUUCCUACGUGGAUUCAAUUUGCCCAGAGGGAUUGGAUUACUCUUUGUUGGACCCAAUUUCUGGCAUAAUAAUUGAAAAUGAAGAAUUUAUGGCGGGUGAUAUCAACGGUGCUCUCGUGUUACUCGCAAACAUAAUUCAUUUGGGCCAACUUCAGUUGUCUGAAGAUUUUGCAAGCAAAUUUACACCAGAGUAUUCUCAAGCUAUUUCGCAACUGCUCGGAGUUUGCUUAAAGAACUUGGAAAGUUCAAGUUACAGGAAGAGUAAUUGGCACCCUAUCUUGGGUUGGGUGGAGCAUCCAGUCCCCUCAUCCCUGCUGAAUUGUGUAUUGGUUGUGAAACAGCAAAUUGAAUUUCUAUGGGGCCCUGUCUUCCUUGAAGCUAUUUUUUAUCCUCUAAUGGAACAUCUCCGUGAGCAUCCUUCUACUGCUGAAAGUUGUGAUAAAAAGACUGAGGAUCCACGAACCAGUAUAACACCAACAAAGACUGGAGUAUUCAAGGGUGCAAUUGUUAAGGCUUUCCGAAAAGCGUUGAUGAUGGAGCCUGGAUCAUCUAGUGUAGACAGUACACCCGUAAAAUUUACCUCGGAUAUAACCAUCAGAGUUGCAGAGAGCUGUCAAAUGUUUUCCAACAUUAUUAACACGUUUUCCAUAUGUCGACUGGAUAUCUUGACUGGUUUAUGUUUUAAGCGAGCAUCACGAUGGCUUGUAGCAUUGUGGAAAUUUCUGCAAUUAUUGGGAAAAGAUGUUAAGGGAUGGAUCGACGUUUUACUCUGCGUUCCCAGACUUCCUCAAGAAUCUUUCAUUGUUAUGUUCGCCGAAGCCAUGGUGCAUUAUGUGACUAUGCUUGAUGACCAAGAAAUGUAUGAGGAUCAGCAAGCCUUCAGUCUUGCUGAUAUAUCAAAAAUUGCGCAAUUCGUGAACGAACUCUGCUAUCGGUUAAUAACGAAUCCCAACUGCCUCCGACUUAGAGAUUGCACUUGGAACACAUUGAAAACUUUACUGAUAGUACUUUACCGAAGAGACUGCCGGCGAAAAUACUGUCCAGAUGAUCACUGGCUGAUUGAGCCCUCCAAACUUACUCAGCUCUUGUGUGACAUUGAAAAGGGUCGAAAGAAUGCCAAGAGAGUCUUGCUGGACAUGCCGCACGUGAUACGAGAAGAUGCUAGAGUUCUUUUAUUUCGAAAAUGGGCCGCAUCUGAGAAAACUUUGAAUGGCAACUCGCCCGGAGAGCAUGAAUUUGGAUCUUCACCCAGUGGGUCAACCCUGGUCACGAUUCAAAGAGGCAGAAUUGUGGAAGAUGGAUACGCUCAACUUGCUAGUCUGUGCCCAAAGGCACUUAAGGGAACAAUUCGAGUUCGUUUUCAGAACGAAUUGGGUUUGGACGAGGCUGGGAUUGACCAGGAUGGGGUGUUUAAAGAAUUCCUUGAAGAGACAAUCAAUUCCGUAUUCAACCCUUCGCUCAACUUAUUUAAAACUACUAGUGAGAACCUCCUAUAUCCCUCUUCUUUGUCCUACCUCCAUGAAAAUCAUUUGCAGCUAUACGAAUUCGUUGGAAAAAUGCUAGCAAAAGCAAUUUACGAGGGAAUCGUUGUUGAUGUGCAUUUCGCUUCAUUCUUUUUGAGCCAAAUUUUGGGCUACCAGCAAAACGCUUUAUUUUCGGCAAUUGAUGAACUUCAAUCAUUGGACCGAGAGAUUUAUAAUUCUCUAAAUUACUUGAAACACUAUGACGGAGACGUUGCGGAUCUGGACUUGACUUUUUCUAUUGACCAAGACUGUUUGGGUGUAAUUAAAACGACAGAAUUGACACCCGGAGGAAGACUGCUCGCUGUUACCAAUCAAAAUAAGAUAAGCUACUUGUAUCUCAUGGCGCAUUUCCACCUUUACGUACAAAUCAAGGAACAAACUGCUGCAUUUUUGAAAGGAUUUCGUUCAAUCAUUCCAAAUGAAUGGAUACGAAUUUUCUCACCUCCCGAAUUGCAACGUCUAAUCAGUGGAGAGGAUACAGACAUUGAUUUGAAUGAUCUCAGGCGAAAUACCCAGUACUAUGGAGGGUUCCAUGAUAAUCAUAGAGUCGUCGUGUGGUUAUGGGAAAUUCUGGAGAAUGAUUUUUGUGAACGAGAGCGUCGCUUGUUUCUAAAGUUUGUUACAAGCUGCUCAAAACCUCCACUGCUCGGGUUUGCUAAUCUUGACCCACCAUUUUCAAUACGAUGUGUCGAAGUCAGUGAUGAUGAAGAUACAGGAGAUACCAUUGGGAGUGUUUUGAGGGGGUUUUUAACAAUUGGCAAGAAAAGCCCAGCCGGACGCCUCCCCACAUCUUCGACAUGCUUCAACCUACUGAAACUCCCAAAUUAUCAGAAGAAACCAACUCUGCGUGAAAAACUCCGAUAUGCAAUCACAUCCAAUGUUGGAUUUGAAUUAUCCUAAGCUGAAAAAUUAAUUCAACCUCAUUUUUACAAUCUUAAAAAAACUAAUUGCUGUAAGCGUAACUGUGAUAAUAUCUCUAAACAACACAUUUUUAUCUCAUUUGUCAAUCAAGAUGCCAAUUUCCAAAGCCAAGUACCAAAUCAUAAAACAAAUUUUAUAGUGAUUAACUCUUGUAAGCAAAAAAACUAUUAUAUUAUUCCUUAUGCAUAUGUUAAUAAUGCGUGUCGUGCAUUGUUGUAAGAAGUCAUUGAAUAACAAUAAAACUCUCGUUAUAUUUAAA